AUGAUCAUCCUCAAGGCGGAGAAAGAACAACCACAGACGAGUGAUAGUAACGACAAUGACUUGCCCCCUGCUUAUGAGAGACUUGGACCAGAAUCUCUUGGGCAGCUGCAAUCUGUUGGAAUCGACGGCCGCGUUGGACUCGAUCUUGAUUCUAAGCUUGGCCGAACCCUCGCCAAAAUCGUCCCUGCCCCUCCUGAAUACUUUGCCAUUACCGCUGAGCUGCCUCGACGCGACUGGCAUAUCAAGUUGAACAUUGUCAUCCAAGUAGUUGGCAGUCGAGGGGACGUGCAACCUUUCAUCGCGCUGGGGAAUGAGCUCCAGAAACAUGGCCACCGUGUCAGGCUUGCGACUCAUAAUGUUUUUGAGGAGUUUGUUCGAGGCUCGGGCCUGGAAUUCUAUCCAAUUGGCGGCGACCCAGCUGAGCUUAUGGCCUACAUGGUCAAAAAUCCGGGACUGAUACCGAGCAUGAGGAGUCUGCGACAAGGGGACAUCCAGCGCAAGCGAGCCAUGGUGGCGGAGAUGCUAGACGGCUGCUGGCGAAGUUGUAUCGAACCCGAUAUGCUUUCUCAUCGUCCGUUCGUAGCGGAGGCUAUCAUUGCCAACCCGCCAAGUUUCGCCCAUGUUCAUUGUGCUCAAGCGCUAGGAAUACCAGUGCAUCUGAUGUUUACUAUGCCCUGGAGCAGUACUCGCGCAUUUCCACAUCCACUCACGAAUAUCAAGUCCUCAAGUUGGGAUCCUGGCCGCGCUAACUGGAUUUCGUACGGGGUUGUCGAGUUUCUCACGUGGCAAGGAUUGGGAGAUGUCAUUAAUAAAUGGCGGCACUCCAUCGACCUAGAGCACGUGCCUUUCUCAGAAGGUCCAUCGCUGGCCGAAACUCUUCAAAUACCAUUCACCUACUGCUGGUCUCCAGCAUUGGUCCCCAAGCCCGUUGACUGGCCAUCACACAUUGAUAUCUGUGGCUUCUUCUUUCGCGAACCACCUUCGUACACUCCCCCGCCUGAACUUGCUGCUUUCCUUAGUGGAGGUCCGCCGCCAGUCUACAUUGGCUUCGGUAGCAUCGUAAUUGAAAAUCCACAACAAAUGAGCAAUAUUCUCAUGCAGGCGGUUCGUAUCGCUGGAGUUCGAGCCAUCGUUUCUCGCGGUUGGAGUAACUUGGAUGGGCCUCCAGGGGCCGAUAUUUUCUACCUUGGAGAUUGUCCUCAUGAGUGGCUGUUUCAGCAUGUUUCUGCUGUCGUCCAUCACGGUGGGGCUGGCACGACGGCAUGUGGCUUGCUUAAUGCGAGACCGACUGUUGUCGUCCCUUUCUUUGGCGACCAGCCAUUCUGGGGUAACAUGGUUGCAGACGCCCGUGCUGGGCCGAUCCCGAUUCCUCACCAACAACUCAAUGCUCGUAACCUGGCUGGAGCAAUCGCGUUUUGUCUCACGCCUGAAGCUCAGGCUGCGGCCACAGUAAUUGCAGAAAGGAUGAAAGGCGAAACAGGCGUGAAAGCCGCAGUUGCCUCUUUUCACGCCAAUCUACCUCUUACCCGAUUGCAAUGCAAUAUUCUUCCUGACAAAUGCGUGGCGUGGAAAGUCAAGAAAGGCAAGAAGAAACUCCGACUCUCGAAGCUCGCGGCAGAGGCGUUGAUUCAUUCGUCGUUCUUGCGCCGCAGUGAUUUGAAACCCUGCGAAACCAGGAAAAUCUACAUAGAGAAUCACCGCUGGGAUCCAGUUACGGGUGGGACAAGUGCAGUGCUUGGAACAGUCAGCACCCUGGUAGGAGCAGGUGCGAACAUGGUAAUCAAGCCAUAUGAAGAAUACAAGCGCGGAAGCUCUUCUUUUGAACCAGCAACCCCCUCCACAGCGAGUGCAAGCUCGGGGAAGCCACUUCCUCUACUCCCCUCGUUACUGGAAACUGAAGAUCGAGGCGAAAGCUCAACAACCGCCCUCCAGCGCACGGGCAUGCAGACUGCUGGUGCGAUGGCAGCUGCUUCCGGCAAAAGCCUGGGUCAAUUCAUGACAUCUUAUGUCAAGGGCGUCGUUGUUGAUAUCCCGCUUGCAGUCACCGAGGGACUUCGUGGUGUUCCCAGAAUGUAUGGUCAGGAGCCUACUGACCAUGGCGCAAUUACCGACUGGAAAAGCGGAGCGGUCGUAGCCGGCAAAACCUUCGUGAUCGAAUCAGCAGUUGGCAUUGCUGACAUAUUCUACCAGCCAUAUAAAGGCGCCAGAGACGAUGGCAUACUAGGGUUCGCUAAGGGCAUUGGGAAAGGAUGCACAAACGCGGUAUUCAAAUCCUCGGGAGCCACUCUGGCACUCUUCGCUUAUCCUGGUCAAGGCAUUGUCAAGUCAAUCAGAGCCACAGCGCAUGAGAAAACAAGGAAAGCGAUAAUUCAAAGGAGGCAUCGGGAGGGAGAGUGGCUGUUUGCACUUGACCAAGGCGCUCACAAUGUGGUCGUCGCUUCUGCUUUCCAUCAGUUGACUGAGAGCUAG